UAGUAAUACAGUAAGAAACUUUGAAAGGGAAUCUUCUAAUAUGGAGUUUAUUAGAAAUGAGGUAGAUGCAUUAUACCAUGAAAUGGUAGUUGAUGCAAUGGGUGCACAGUCUGAAUACAAUGACGGGCCAAUGGCUGAGGAGCUAAAUAGUAAGGCAAGAGAAUUUUAUGAUCUCUUGCAUGCUGUAGAAGUCCAUAUAAGUGCUGGGGGACAGAAUGUUACAGUACUUUCAUGGAUGGCAGAAAUGCUAAACAUGAAAACUCUUUAUAAUAUGAGUGCUGCUAAUUGGGAAAUGGCAUUGUCAUUGAGUCGAAAGUUGUUGAGUCCAGAGGACCAAGAAAAGGUGCCAAAGGAUUUCUAUAGUGCAAAAAAAAAUGAUAAAUUAUGUGGAGAAUCUCAUUAUGAGCCAAGGAAUAUGUCUGCUAUAAGGCAAAAAGAUGUUCCAAGGAAAUCUUUGUGGUACCUUCCAAUUACCCCAAGAUUGCAACGACUAUACAUGUCUAGAAAAACAGCAGAGCACAUGACAUGGCAUUUGAAAUGCCAUGAGGAUGCGGAUGAAGUUAUUCAUCCUGCGGGUAGUGAGGCAUGGAAACACUUUGAUGAAACCCACCCAACAUUUGCUGAUGAACCUAGAAAUGUUAAACUUGCCCUCUAUACAGAUGAUGUGAGACGAGGUACGCGAGGUGCAUCUUCUUUUAGACAGCAGGUUGAUCCAAGGGGAGAACCACAGAGGUCAUUUCGUUGUCUUAUUCGGGGGCCUCGUAGAGAUGUUCCUACACAGCAGCAGCUGCCUAGCUUGAGCCAACCUCCCGCACAACAACAGAUUUCCAGUUUGAUUCAGCUUCCCACACAGCUGCAACAGGAGCAACCCACUGUUACUCAGCCACCAUUAGCCGAUGACCAAUUCAUUGGUGAUGAUGCAACAAUGGAGGAGGAGAAUAUAGAGUGUAAUUUGGAGGCUGAGUUGGAGGCUGAGUAUGAUGUGCUUGAUCCUAAGUUAGAUGCUCAGUUGGAGGAGAAGCUAUCACGUGCUGUCCCGAAGACAGGACGUGGCAUGGAUAAAGGAGAUGACGCUCCUGCAGACUCGAGUUAAAGGAAAGUGCUUAGCCUUAAUCGCCGAGGCACAUUCAGCCAUGAGAGGUUUGGGAGGACUGCCACAGUCAUUUGGAAGUACUUGUAUGAUGAGCCAGUGCUUUUCUGGUCUAGCUGGCCUGAGGAAAAGAAGAGGGUUGCUUGGGAGAAUUUUCAGAGGACAUAUUAUUGGGAAGAGGAUGAUGCUCGUGUGUAUAAAGUCUGGAGAUUACAUUGUCAAAACCGUUUUCGAGACGAGCUUCAUCGAGCUCGAAAGGUGUGGGUGAGGGAGAAGAAGUUGCCCGAGUUCAUGCAUAAGGAUACCUUUAAAAUUUUGUUGGCAAAAUGGAGGAGUCCAAAAUAUAUUGCACUCUAGGAA